GAGCCUGUGUUCUGUGCCCAAGCUUCAUGCAGAGGCAGCUACAAGAAGCCAUGGCAGAAACAAGCCUUGUGCAGACAAUCCUACAGAGUGCAGCAGCAGGUUUUGCUUUUGGAGAAGCUGCAUUAUUUGCAGUGGAGCCCUCACUGACUGAAGAUGGGGUCCUGCUGACUGCUGCAACCCUGGCUGCUGGACGUGCCGGUUCCACCGGGGUCGGUGUGGUGUCAGCGUGCCUCUUGUUCACCUCACUGCUCAUUUCUCUGGGAAGUGGUUUUCUCCUUGCUGCCAUGGUGAUGAAGCUGUUGAAUAAAGUUGGAGCGAGGUUGCCGUGGUUAGAAGAGGCCACGACAGGAGCCUCUGUUGUGCUUGGUGCUGUCACUACUGGAGUGUUAGCUGGCGUCCUUCCACCAUGGAUCUGCAUCGCAGCACAAGGCAUUCUGGUCCUUGUAGUCUACUCAUACUCCAAUAUCAACGAUAUGACCACAGCUCUGUUGAUCAUCUUCACCACACUCUACCUGAGUGUCCUGUAUGGAAGAAUGGGAGUCAUGGUUGGGCUCUUUGUCAUGGGAUUGACCAUAUCCGUGCUUUGUGCACUUCGAAAGGCUAUGACUGAAAGAAUGACCCAAAAACCAAAAUCCAAAAGCGGGUGCAAACUUCUGGAAAGGAUUUUCUUCUACUCUGUUUUUGUGGGCAUACUGGGAUUUUCAAUAGGUUUAGGGGCAGGUGGAGCAGGAGAAGGGUCUGAAGCGGAGGUGGUUUUGAUGCUGCAGUCGGUCCUCUGGGUUGCGUAUCUGUCUGCGGGCCUGCUCGGAGCUGGUCUAGGAACAGUGGCCACGGUUGGACUUGGGCCAGAGGUAGCUGGAAAGGUCGCUUUGGGAGCUGCCAUAAUAUCAUCCGUUUCUCUUAGAGCCAUCCUGCAUUUAAGCUCUUCUCUAGGGUCCCGUAGCAGCAUGGGGGGAACAUUAGGAGCGGCUACAGCUGCGGGAGUGUCGCUUGGAGCUGCAAGCGUUGCAGCAAAACUGGCGUUUGGUUCUAGAAAUACAAUGUUAGCAGCUUUAGGUUCAGUUGUUGUUGGUGCACUUCUAUCAAUGCUAGGUGUAGCUGUGAAAUCGACUCCCCUAACAUUGUCAGAAAUUUUACAAAUCGCCCUUGUUGCAGUAGCUGCAUUUGUCCUGGGUGCACCAAAGAGUCCGUUCAACACUAAGGUGAAUCUACAAACGGGCCUUCUCACGGGGCCAGAGCUAAUUAAAGGAAUCGGCAUGGAGACGGUCACCGCAGCAGCAGCACCUAUCGGAGCCGGGGCACUUGGGGCUGCAGCGCUGGGUACUGCAGCUCUGGGGAGGCUGGGGGCUGUGGGAGUUUUGGUGGCUAUAGUGUUGGCUUUGGGAAGUGCUCUCAGUGGCUUGAUGGGAAAAUCACCGCAGACAACCAACACACACACAGACUGAUGGAAGCGCUUAGAUCUGGGGACAAACACUAAGAGUGCAUGUGUGUGCAUAUUCAUGUUUUUGCAUUAUUGCAUAUUCAAACUGACAUAAAAUGAUAAUACCACAUCAAAUGUGAGCUUAUUUUAAUCAGAUUUUCUUUUUAUAUUGAUCAAACUUGAAAAUUGUGUCAUAAAUGUACAAUGCAGUCUAAAAGUGUUUGAAUACAAUUAUAAUACAUUUUAUCCAAGCAUGUGUUUGUGUAUUUAUUUAUUUACUAAAAUAUUGAAAUUUUGGAAAAUUGUGUCUACACUGAAAAUGUACAGCAAAUUUAGUUUUCAAAUUACUUAUUGCAGGUAGAUAUGGUUUAGGGUGUCUUUGCAUACAGAACGUUUUAUUUAAUAUACAUUUCAGGUUACUUCUUUUAAUCAAAUGUACCUAUUGGAAUGCUAAAUUACAUGUUUGUAUUUUUUUAAUGUGAUAGCUUAUAAAAAAUGUGUUGGUACUGGUAUUUAAAAAAUUGGAAUAUACAUUUUUUUUUUUAAAGAGUGGAUGUAAUAAUCCUUCUUUCUCACUAAUUCACACCAGCAUUGCCACACUUCCCAAGACAUGUUUGCAAGUUGGUAGUCACUUUGGCUUCAUCUUAGCAACAGUAACAGAGGACUAGCUGUUUAGAAACAAGAGGGGGAGGGUGGGAGGAGAGAGAAACGAAGAAUAACAUCAGAAAACAGAAGAGCAUCUUGAAGUACAGUCUGUUGUGCAGAUCGUACCACAGUUAGGAGAAAUAUGGAGCUGUGCAUUAGAAUAAGAUGCACUUUUGCCUAAUAAUGCCCUCUCUGAGAACAUUAUAUGUUGCGUGCAAAUGGAUAUCCAACUGUGGCUCAGGGUUUUGUUGGUCUACCAUGGCAGCACAAAGGACUGCAGCAGCAAGGAAGAAGACGUUUUUCCACUGAAGCAGCCUGGGGAGGAGCAGCAUCUUCAUAACUGUGAAGUACUUUAAAGGAAGUUAUUGACGCCAUAAAAAUGAAGAAGGUGUUAUGCCUGAUGUAGCCUAAAACUCCCUGGGAUGUUAUUGUUGUUUGCACUAAAAUGGUUUUCAUUACCAUGGAUUAAUUUUUGCCAAAAAAAAAGAGUUUCACAAUGUUGUUACUUGUGAUACUUUUCCAUGGAUUUUGGCAUUAAUAGACAGUAUUACUUGAUGAACCAUCAGGAUAACCUUAACUAAACCAACAUGUCUUUGAAUCGGGUCCACACGGCAGACAUGGAGCAGUCUGCAGAGUACUCAAUGGAGUAUUCAGUGCAGGUUCCCAGUGACCCGGGUCACGAUGGGCCUCGAUCCAGUGAAGUGACCGUGAUCCAGUCAAGAUGCUGCCGCUGCCUGCCGCGCGCGGUGCGACUCGCUUUUGCGCCAGAGUCACUGGAGAGAAUUUACCAGAACUACUUCCGCAGACAGAGACAACAGAACCUUCUCGUGCUGGCGUUGUUGGCCGCUCUUUUCAACAGCUUCAUCAUCAUCAUGUGCGCUGUGGUGUACACUCAUGACAAACUGUCCAUGGUGGUGGUUGCAGCGGUGGGGCUGUCUGCGGACGCGGUGCUGUACGCGCUGUGCCGGCUGCAGAAACUGCCCGAGUCACCGGUGGCGCGCGGAGCAGUGCCGUACAUACUGUGGCUGAUGAUCAACGUGCACGUUUUGUGUUACAUUUGUCUGAACUAUGAGCGUUUCUCCCAAGGAAGUGACUCUGUGGGCUGGCAGGCCUUUUUCACUUUCUCCAGCUUUCUGACGCUACCGCUGAACUUGGUGCCGCUGCUUCGUCUCACGGCCCUCUCAUCUGGAAUACAUACCCUGGUCCUGGGGGUGACUGUGGCUCAAAGGUUUCAAGAUGACCUGCAGGGGCCCAUGCUGGUUAGACAGCUCUUAGCCAACAUGAUGCUGUACCUGUGCUCAGCCUUGGUGGGUGUGAUGUCAUACUACAUGGCGGACAGGAAGUACAGGACAGCUUUUUUGGAGGCCCGUCAGUCACUACAGGUCAAACUCACACUGGAGGAGCAGAGCACCCAGCAGGAAGAACUCUUACUGUCCAUCCUGCCCAAGCACAUCGCUGAUGAAAUGCUGCAGGGCAUGAAAGACCAGGCCAGUGAGCACAAUGGCCAGCAGCAGCAGCAGUUCAACACCAUGUACAUGUACCGCCAUGAAAACGUCAGUAUCCUGUUUGCUGACAUAGUGGGCUUCACCCAGCUAUCCUCUGCCUGCAGCGCCCAGGAGCUCGUAAAGCUGCUCAAUGAACUGUUCGCCCUCUUCGAUCAACUGGCAGAAGACCAUCACCAACUAAGGAUUAAGAUCCUUGGAGACUGUUACUAUUGCAUCUGCGGUCUUCCUGAUUUCAGAGAUGACCAUGCUGCCUGCUCCAUAAAUAUGGGCCUUGCAAUGGUGGACGCAAUAUCGUAUGUACGAGAGAAGACUAAAACUGAAGUGGACAUGCGUGUGGGCGUCCACACAGGCACCGUUCUGGGAGGAGUGCUGGGGCAGAAGAAGUGGCAGUUUGACGUUUGGUCCACAGAUGUCACUGUAGCCAAUAAGAUGGAAUCUGGGGGGAUUCCUGGGAGAGUGCAUAUUUCCCAGACCACCAAAGACAGUUUGCUCGGAGGUUUUGAACUGGAGCCGGGGGAGGGUGGAGAGAGGUGCGAGUACCUGCUGGAGAAAGGUAUCGACACCUACCUGGUGAUGGUGCCUAAAGAGGCUGUGAAUGGGCUCAAUGGAAAUAAUCCAGGGAUGUUGUCAAACAGAAAUUCAAACCAGUUGAUCAACACUACAGUAACAAAUGGGAAUGCAGCCUCACCCCAAAUCACACGCACUGAUUCUACACAGGAGAAGAAUAAGACGGCUGAAGAACAAGUGAUCAACAAACAACUGCAGCAGGAGCUGCUGGAGAGAGAAUCAGAGCAAAUAAUGAAGGAUCACCGGAUCAACCCUGUGUCGUUGCGUUUCGUGGAUGGAAAGUUGGAGGAGCAGUACUCCUCAGAGAAGGAGAAGCGGAGCGGGGCAGCCUUCUGCUGCUGCAUCAUCGUGCUCUUCUUCAUUACAGCAAUGGAGGUGUUCAUAGACCCACUGUUGGCUGUGAACUAUGUGACUUUCACAAUAGGGGAGGUAUUGCUGCUCAUCCUCACGGUGUGCUCCCUGGCUGCCAUCUUCCCAAGGAUGUUCUCCAAGAGGCUGGUGUCUUUCUCAGUGUGGAUCGAUCGCACACGUUGGGCCAGAAACACCUGGGCCAUGGCGGCCAUUUUUGUUCUAACCAUGGCUGUGAUCGCUGACAUGCUGAGCUGUGCACCUCCGUCCCUUCAAAUCUUCAACAGCACUUCGGGCCCUGUGUUGGAGUCACUUGGGUACCGAGGCUGUGCGCAAAACCCCAAACACUACAGCUUCAUGGCUGUGAUGUCACUUAUUGCCACCGCUAUGUUGGUCCAGGUCAGCCACCUUAUUAAACUGGGACUCAUGGUGCUGGUCGUCACAGCAACUGGAGCGGUUAAUAUCUACAGCUGGAGGGAGAUUUUCGACCUGUAUGACUAUAUACAGUUUGCCUCGUACAGAACAUCCAUAGUGCCUUCCAAGUACCUCAUGACCAUGAUGAUCAUUGUGAUGAUGAUUGGCUUAUACUACUUUGCCCGCCAUUUGGAGCAUCAAUCCAGGAAGAUGUUUCUGUGGAAGGUAGGCGUGCAUGACCAGAAGGAGAGGGUGUUUGAAAUGAGACGCUGGAACGAAGCACUGGUCACCAACAUGCUGCCGGAGCAUGUGGCCAAGCACUUCCUGGGCACUAAGAAAAGAGACGAGGAGCUGUACAGCCAGUCCUACAACGAAGUAGGUGUGAUGUUUGCUUCCAUCCCCAACUUUUCUGAUUUCUACACUGAAGAGGGCAUCAACAACGGCGGCAUCGAGUGUCUAAGGAUUCUAAAUGAAAUAAUCUCAGACUUUGAUAGUUUACUGGACAGAGAUGAGUUCCGCUUCAUCACUAAGAUCAAGACAAUAGGAAGCACCUACAUGGCCGCAUCAGGACUCACUCCGGAGAGCAACACCAAUGACUACAGCAAGCGCAAGCCAGAGGAACAGUCCCUGGUCGAGCGCUGGCAGCACCUCGCUGACCUGGCAGACUUUGCCUUGGCUAUGCAAGUCACCCUCAACAACCUCAAUAAACAGUCCUUCAACAACUUCAUGCUCCGAAUAGGCCUGAAUAAGGGGGGAGUGUUGGCGGGGGUGAUAGGAGCUCGUAAACCUCACUAUGACAUCUGGGGUAACACGGUUAAUGUGGCCAGCAGAAUGGAGUCAACUGGAGUGAUGGGAAACAUCCAGGUGGUAGAGGACUGCUAUGACAUCCUGAAGGAGUACAGCUUCCGUUUUAUCCGAAGAGGGCCUAUAUUUGUCAAAGGGAAAGGGGAGUUGCUCACCUUCUUCAUGAAAGGAAAAGACAAACCCAGUAAAAAUGGCGGUCCGAUGACCACUACCUUACCACACCAAGUUUUGGACCUUUGAAAAUGGUCCACUGUGUGAAAAGCUGUUAGGGAUAAGCCUGAGCAGAAGAUUACUUACAUAGAUCUUUUUCAUAAUCUCUGUAGCAAUGUAAAGCAUAUGAAAGUAGACAAACACAACACAUAAUAUGCUAUUCAACUAGGGAUAAAACUGGUUCUGUAUAAUUGGAGAUAAUUCAGGUGUAGGUGAAAUUCUCACAGAAUUUGUUCAUUAAAAAUGUUAUCAUUUGUGAAUCAUGGAGUCCUAUAACAAUUCAAGCUUGGAACAGACUUGUAAAUUAUUUUCUUUUGUUGUUUUGCCUUGAGCUCAGGUUUUGUAAAAUAUCGUAGCUUAAUAACACUGUAUUUAUACUGUCAAUAAAUAUAUUUGUACUACA